AUGAGUGCCAAUAGUCCGACAGGAAACGAUCCUCAUGUGUUUGGUAUUCCUGUAAAUGCAACAACGCCUAAUAUGGGUUCGCCAGGUAGCCCAGUCAACGUACCACCUCCUAUGAAUUCUACGGUAGCGAGUGUAAAUCAUCCUGUUAUGAGAGCAAAUAAUAAUAAUAAUGUUAAUGAUAGCGCAAGGACUUUAACGAGAGACCAAAUACAGCAAUUGCAACAAAGACAAAGAUUAUUACUACAACAGAGGCUACUCGAACAGCAGAGAAAACAACAAGCUCUGCAAAAUUAUGAGGCCCAAUUUUAUCAAAUGCUCAUGACCCUAAACAAAAGACCGAAAAGACUUUAUAAUUUUGUGGAAGAUGCAGAUUCAAUUUUGAAAAAGUAUGAGCAGUAUUUACACAGUUUUGAAUUCCAUAUCUAUGAGAAUAAUUAUAAGAUUUGUGCUCCUGCUAAUAGCAGAUUACAACAGCAGCAAAAACAGCCUGAACUUACAAGCGAUGGUCUAAUAUUAACCAAAAAUAACGAAACCUUGAAAGAAUUUUUAGAAUAUGUUGCCAGAGGCAGGAUUCCCGAUGCUAUUAUGGAAGUAUUAAGGGAUUGUAAUAUCCAAUUUUAUGAAGGAAACCUCAUUUUGCAAGUUUAUGACCAUACAAAUACUGUAGAUGUCAGCCCUAAAGAGGGCAAGCAUAACUCCAAUACAACUUCCUCUUCUCCUUCAAAUAAUGGUAACACACAAGACAACUCCAAAAUCCAGCAGCCGUCUGAACCGAAUAGUGGUGUGACGAAUACAAGCACCAACGCAGCUAAUAAGAAGACUUCCUUUAAACGACCCAGAGUAUAUAGAACACUUUUGAAACCAAACGACUUAACUACCUACUAUGACAUGAUGUCUUACGCAGACAAUGCACGGUUUUCUGAUAGCAUUUAUCAACAGUUUGAAUCUGAAAUAUUGACACUUACAAAGAGAAAUUUAUCACUAAACGUUCCAUUGAAUCCGUACGAGCACCGAGACAUGUUGGAAGAUACCGCUUUUAUAGAACCUCAUUGGGACGACCAAAAAAAAUCAUUUGUUCACGAACACCGGACUGAAUCGACAAGGGAAGGAACAAAGGGUGUUGUGGGACAUAUUGAAGAGCACGAUGAAUUUCCACAACAUAGUUCGAAUUAUGAACAGUUGAUGUUGAUUAUGAAUGAACGCACGACGACAAUAACGAACUCCACGUUUGCUGUUUCACUUACCAAAAAUGCGAUGGAGAUUGCGACCUCAAAUUCCAAUGGGGCUCGUGGAGUUGCGUCCUCAACUUCAAAUUCUGCAUCGAAUACAAGGAAUAACAGUUUGGCCAAUGGAAACCAAGUAGCUUUGGCGGCGGCGGCGGCUGCUGCUGCAGUGGGCUCUACCAUGGGCAAUGAUAAUAAUCAAUUUAGCAGAUUGAAAUUCAUUGAGCAAUGGAGAAUAAAUAAAGAGAAAAGGAAACAGCAGGCAUUAAGUGCAAAUAUCAACCCGACUCCUUUUAAUGCCAGAAUAUCAAUGACAGCGCCAUUGACCCCCCAACAGCAGCUAUUGCAAAGACAACAGCAAGCCUUGGAGCAGCAACAAAAUGGUGGAGCUAUGAAAAAUGCAAACAAAAGGAGCAGCAACAAUGCUGCUAGUAACAAUAACAAUAACAAUUUAGAUAAACCUAAGGUCAAGCGACCUAGAAAGAACGCAAAAAAGAGUGAGAGUGGCACACCUGCCCCUAAAAAGAAAAGAAUGACUAAAAAGAAACAGAGUGCAAGUAGUACACCCUCUUCUACUACAAUCUCAUAA